AUGGAAAGCGGACUACAGCUACAAGCUGGAGCAUUUAUUCUAGGCGUGCUAGCUCACAGCCUCUACUUCCGCUCUGGCGAACACCAUCUCUAUCCGAUUCGGGUGUUUCUUCAUCCGCUCGGACGGUUUCCCGGCCCCCUAGGUGCACGUCUAUCUGGGUUCUGGCUACCAGCAAAGCUUCUUCACCAACCCCUCUACCAGGUCCUCGAAGAGCUGCAUAAGGAGUACGGACAAUUUGUGCGCAUAGGCCCAUCUGAUCUCUCCAUAAUCCACCCCGAUGCCGUAAAUAUCAUCUAUGGAUUUAAGUCCGCCUGCACUAAAGCGCCCUUCUAUGAUCUCGGUGCACCAGUGCAAUCGCUACAUGCACAUCGAAACAGGGAAGCUCAUGACCAACGACGGAGAGUAUGGAGUCUAGGCUUCAGCGAUAAAUCACUUCGAGCAUACGAAAAACGCCUUCAAAUCUACCGACAAAAGCUCAUUGAUCUUUUAACCUCGGCCGCUGAUAAUCAAGCUAUUAACAUCAGCAAUUAUCUCACAUGGUACAGCUACGAUGUGAUGGGCGACUUAGCUUUCGGUAGAACUUUCGGCUUGUUAGAUGCUAGUGCCAACCACUGGGCAAUACAGAUAUUGAAUGAUAUGCUCAAACCGUUGGAAUACUCCGUGCCUAUUUGGGCCCUUCGGCUGCUGGGCUCGAUACCGGGGAUGAACAAGGAUGCCUUGAGAUAUGAGGAGUUUAGCCAUCAGCGCUUGAAGACGAGAAUGAGGGAAACGCCCGAAAUACCCGAUAUCAGCUCGUCGCUGCUCGUGGAGUUGCAAGGACGAGUACCUACAACUAAAGAAUUCUAUCAGUUGCUUGGGGAUGUUGAAUUGAUAAUUGCAGCAGGGAGUGACACUACCGCGGCAGCUCUAAUCACCGUUAUCUACGAGCUGGCUAAACACCCAGUACACGUAAAGAUGAUCCGCGAGGAGCUAAGCCUAUGUGCUGUCGAGCCUAGCGGAGAGUAUAUGCACGAGAAAAUAGCAGGUCUAAGACAUCUCAAUGGGUUUAUCAACGAGGUGCUCCGCCUACAUCCUCCAAUUGGAAGCAUUAUUCCUAGAAAGACACCACCGGAGGGUAUCAUGAUCGGUGACACCUACAUACCAGGAAACAUGACAGUCUCUUGCCCGCAAUGUGUUAUUGGAAGAUCCGAUGUCUUCUACGAGAAUGCAAAUCGGCUCCUUCCUGAGAGGUGGUACAAAUACCCUGAGGCGAUGAAGUAUAAAUCUGCCUAUGCACCUUUUUUACUCGGCCCCUACGCAUGUAUCGGCAAGCCGCUAGCACUCAUGAACAUGAGGACAACUGUUGCCCGUAUAACAAUGACAUUUGAUUUGCAAUUGCCAUCGAACGAUGACGGCACAUUGCUCGAUAAAAAUAUGAGGGAACAUUUCUCUAGCUACGUCGAAGGCGUCUACAUCCUCUUCAAGAACUUGCAGACAAAUCAAUCGUCAAGACAAAGGGUCAAAUAUAUAUGGAUUUGA